AUGGUUCACGGCAAUGGCUGCAACUCUGCUCCUGCACAAGGAUCUGCACAGCCCGCAGUGCUCGCUGGCGAACAAGCCCGUGCCACUUCCGACGCUGAAGAGCCUCCUUGUAGUGGCUACUCCCCCCACCCUUCUCCCCACUCUCACCAACAACACCAACUUCAGCCUCACCAUGUCGCCGGCGAAAAGGCUCAGCUCGACGAGCCUCGCGUUGCGGUCGUCGACCUCCAGCUUGACGGCGAUCGGCACAGCACCUCGUCGACUCGCAGCAGUCGAUCCUCCACCGUUGCCGCAACGGUUGAUCUGCAUCAACCGCAUUCCCUAGAGCCCGACGAGGUGAUUGCGCAGUUUCAAAGUAACACAACCACCGGUCUUGCCGCAGACCAGGCGGCUGCUCGCCUCGCCGAGCAUGGUCCCAACCAGCUCAAGGAGACCAACCGCGUCAGUGCCACCUCGAUCCUCAUCCGCCAGAUGGCCAACGCGCUCACGCUCGUCCUUCUCGCCGCCAUGGCUCUCUCGUUCGGUGUCAAGGAUUGGGUCGAGGGCGGUGUCGUCACUGCGGUCAUCGUGACCAACGUCCUCAUCGGCUUCAUCCAGGAGUACAAGGCUGAGCGCACCAUGGCCUCGCUGCGCACGCUCUCGUCGCCCAGCGCCAACGUGCUCCGUGACUCGACCAUCCGCCAGCUGCCCUCGACCGAGCUCGUGCCCGGCGACAUUGUCCACUUCCGCGCCGGUGACCUCGUGCCCGCCGAUGUCCGACUGGUCACCAUCAGCAACCUCGAGAUCGAUGAGGCCCCCCUCACUGGUGAAUCCGUCCCCGCCAUCAAGACCACCGGCGCAUUGACCCGACCUCACCUUGGCCCUGCCGACCGCACCAACCUCGCCUACGCCGGCACCACCGUCACCAAGGGUCGCGCCGUCGGUAUCGUCGUCGCCACUGGUAUGCACACCCAGAUCGGCCAGAUCGCCACCGCUCUCGCCAAAAAGGGCAACAAGGACGACGAAGAGCGACCCUGGUACAAGCGAGCCUGGGACGCCACCGCCACUUUCCUCGGCGUCCGAGAGGGCACGCCACUCCAGAUCAAGCUCAACAAAUUCGCCUAUGUGCUCCUCUUCCUCGCCAUCAUCUGUGCCAUCAUCGUGUUUGGUGUCGCCGAGUUCGACAUCAACAACGAGGUCAUCCUCUACGCCAUCGCCCUGGGUAUCGGUGUCAUCCCCGAGUCGCUCGUUGCCGUGCUCACCAUCACCUUCAGUGUGGGUGCCAAACGUAUGGCCGAGAGCAACGUCGUCGUUCGUCGUCUCGACGCCCUCGAGGCGCUUGGUGGCGUCACCGACAUUUGCAGUGACAAGACCGGCACCCUCACCCAGGGUAAGAUGGUCGUCCGCCAGGGUUGGUCGUUCGCCUCGGGUCAGCAACAGGGCUACCACGUCGAGCAGUCGGGCGCUACCGCCUUCGAACCCAAGGGCCGCGUACUCCUCCCUGCAUCCGAGAAGGAUGCCGAGCCCACCGCUGUCGAGCAUGAUCAGAUCCCCGACGCCGUUCGCCAGCUUGCUACCGCCGCCUCGCUCUGCAACAUCGCCGAGAUCGAACAGGCCGAGGAUGGCACCUGGACCGCGCGUGGCGAUCCCACCGAGAUCGCGCUGCAGGUCUUUGCUACCAAGCUUCAGCUGUCGCGUGACUCGCUCACCCAUGGCGACCGCCCCGGCUACACGCACGAGCAAGAGUUCCCCUUCGACAGCACGCUCAAGCGCAUGACCAGUGUCUACCGUCGCACCGUCAUCGACACCCCCGACCACCUCUUCCUCAUGAAGGGUGCCGUCGAGCAGGUGCUCGCUUGCUGCUCGGAGAUGGACGAAGCUGCCCGCAAGAGCAUCCUCGACCAGGUCGAGAGCAUGGCUACCCAGGGUCUGCGUGUGCUUGCCUUUGCUGAACGCAGCAUGGACGACGUGCAGUACAAGGACGAAAACGCUCGCACCCGUGCCGCUUCGCAAGACGACGAAUCCGACGAGUCUGGAACGAUCAACACCACCGAAAAGAAGCUCAACGGCAACACCGAGACUGGCAAUGGCCUUUCGCGUGCCGCUGCCGAGCAGGACUUCCGCUUCAUCGGCCUGCUCGGUAUCUACGACCCGCCGCGUGCCGAGACGCGCGCUGCCGUCGAGGCGUGCAAGCGUGCUGGUAUUGUCGUCCACAUGCUUACGGGUGAUCACCCUGCCACUGCCCACGCUAUCGCUCGCGAGGUCGCCAUCGUAGACGGCACCGAAGGUGCUGCGGCCGUCAUGACCGCUGCGCAGUUCGAUGGUCUGACCGACGCGGAGAUUGAUGCGCUGCCCGACUUGCCGCUUGUCGUGGCUCGCUGUUCGCCCGCCACCAAGGUGCGCAUGAUCGCCGCGGGUAAGCGACGUGGUCGUUACCUCGCCAUGACGGGUGACGGUAUCAAUGACGCUCCCUCGCUCAAGCAGGCGCCCGUCGGUAUUGGUAUGGGUACGGGUACCGACGUGGCCAAGGACAGCUCGGACCUCGUGCUGACCGACGACCGCUUCGACUCGAUCGUCAAGGGCAUUCGCGAGGGCCGAGCGAUCUUCGACAACAUCCAGCGCUUCCUCAUUGGUCUGCUCGUCGCCAACGUCGCCGAGGUGCUGCUGCUGCUCUGCGGUCUCGGCGUGCGCGACGCGGACGAGGAGUCGGUCUUCCCUCUUGCGCCCGUUGGUAUCCUGUGGGUCAACAUGGUCACCGCUUCGCUGCCUGCCAUCGGUCUGGGUCUGGAGCCAGGCGAGAGCGACAUUAUGGAACGCCCGCCCCACGACCUGCGUGCCGGUGUGUUGAGCCGAGCGGUUAUCGUCGACACGCUCGUCUACGGUGUCUCGAUGGGCAUCACGUGUCUGGUGGCCUUCCUGCUCAUGAUCUACCCCAUCGGCGGCGGCAACAUCGCGAUCGAUUGCAACCACUCGUCGGCGGCGACGUGCGAGCCCAUCUUCCAGGCGCGUUCGGCCGUGUUCACCGCGCUGACGCUGCAGCUCUUGCUCAUCUGCUGGGAGCUCAUCAGCAUGGAAAAGUCGUUCUUCAGCAUGUCGCCUGCCAAGCACCUGUGGAAGAACCCCAUGCUUCUCUGGUCGGUCGUAUUCGGUGUGGCGACGAUCCCCGUCGCGCUUUACGUGCCCAAGUUCAACACGGACGUCUUCCGACACGCCCCCAUGGGUGGUGCCGGUUGGGGUAUCGCCAUCGCCAUGACGGUCGCCUUCAUCGCCAUUGUCGAGACGUGGAAGGCCCUCGCGCGCCGAGGCCGCUGGCCCUGGCUCGCCAGGAUCUCGGGCGGUCAGCGAGGCCUCGAGCGUCGCCUGGCCAAGAAGCGCCUGCAGGAGGAAAAGACGGCCACCAAGGCCUGA